AUGGCAGCCGAACAUCAAAAAACAGCAGUGGUCACCGGGUGCUCGUCGGGAAUUGGGUAUUGUCUAGCGGAAGAACUUGCAAAAAGAGGAUGGAAGGUGUUUGCAUGUGCAAGAAGGGCGGAAACAAUGCAAAGCUUGGCGGAGGAGUACCCAGAGAAGAUAGUCCCAUUUAGUAUGGACAUCUCGCUUCUGGACUCGAUCGAAAAAGGGUACGAAUUCGUGAGUUCUAGGCUUGCAGACGGCAAAUUGGACCUUCUUUACAAUAAUGCAGGGUCUUCAUGCACAUUUCCGGCCAUCGAUGUGCCAGAUGAGGCACUCACACAAUGCACAGCGGUGGAUUUCGAGGGCCCGGUGCGUGUGACAUCAAAAUUCAGCCGUCUUGUGAUAAAUGCUCAGGGAACUAUUGCAUUUACUGGAUCCUUGGCUGGAGUGAUGAUUUUCCCAUGGGGGUCCGUCUACGGGGCAAUGAAGGCAGCCGUGCAUCAGUAUGCCAGCGUGUUGGCAUUGGAGAUGGAGCCGUUCAACGUGAAAGUCGUGAAUUUCGUCACCGGAGGCGUCAACACGGAUAUUGCAGACAAAAGACCUCUUCCAGAGACCUCAAUCUACAACUUUGAGGCCACCAAGAAGAGCUUUGCCGACAGGCAGGCCAUGGCGGUGAAAAACAGCCCGAUGGACCCCGCUUUGUACGCCAAGAGGGCCGUGAAUGCCGUUGAAAAUAGUCGCGUCGGUGUUGUGAAUGUCGCUCUGGGAACUGGUGCGGGUAUUCUUUCGUUUGUGGCUGCCUACUUUCCAAGGUGGCUGAUUCUUUUUGUUAUCCGGAUCAAGUUUGGGCUCAAUGCUGUCUGGAGCGUGAUUAGGAAUGGCGAGUAUAAGAAGACGAAGUGA